CUUUUAGUCCAUAAAUUUCCAGUUGAAAUUUGACCCAGCUUUCGAAAAUUAAGAAGAACGUAAGAGGAUUUACUAUCAGACAGGUCUUUAGAUUCAUGCCUUAAAAUCUAUCAUGGCAGAGAUGGAAUUGCUAAACUGGAAACUGUGUUAUAUAUAACUGAAUUGAUUUUGAUUUAAAAAUGUUUGUGUGAGUAAAGACUUAAUGCAGACAAAUAGUGUCAUUAUUAUGUUUCACUCACGUUCUGGUGUGGCUAGAGCUCAUAACACCAGGUCUGGAUUACACACAUUUUUUGGUCUUGUACAACAUAGAAAACAGACAUUACAUCGAGCCAUAAUUCUGUGUACUGUGGCCGCUGUAUUUAUUUUGGUUGGCAGUAUACUAACUUGGCUUGCCUUCAAGGAUAUAUUUGGCAACAGAGUAACAGGACCAGUUUUUCUAGGUUUAGCCUUCAUAUUAAUACUCCUUGCUAUCCAGAGAUUUGUACAAGCAAAGAAACAUAUAGCCCAAAGUAGAAAUGAACAACAGAAUUUUAAUUCUCAGACAGUAGGAGUUGUUUUAGAAGAAGACAAUGGAGAAGGUGGUGCUAUUACAGUUAUAAUGGAUAGUCUGCAAUUCAGAAAUGCUUGGAGGGACCCAGACCAAGAAGAAAGUGUGCCCCCAUCUUAUACAGAAGCUACAGAUACCAGUUGUAUAGAGCCCCCUGUAGUUGUUCCGGUUGUAAGUCCUGAUGAAAAUGAGGCACCACCUAGUUAUGAAGAGGCAAUAGAAGAUUCACAACAUUCCUUCAGUGAUGUAGAAAUGUCUGAAAGACAACCAGGAUGAUUUUGAUAAAGAAAAAGCUUGAGUGAUUGUAAAAGUCACAAUAUCAUGAUUUGUUGUAAUUCAUAAUUUUUCAGUGAUUAUUGUUAAAUGUAGUCCAUUCAUCACCAAAAAGGAGAAGGUUCACGAAGGUCUAAAAUCGGCCCUAAAUUUUUUAUGGUUUUUAUACGCCCGUUUACGGAACGUAUAAUGGUAUACCGUUGUCCGUCGUACCGUCCGUCUAUCGCCACCAUGUCGGACAUUAACUCAAAAACACUUUAGCCAAUUUGCAUAAAACUUUGGUGAAUUAUUUAUAUCUAUUCACAUCAGCUCCCUUUCAUUUUUUAUAAAUUUUAGAUUUUACGUUUCCGAGUUAUGGGGGUUUUAUUCAUUAAAAAAAGGGGGAUUUUCCAGUUUUCGGACAAUAACUCAAGAAUGCUUUCACCAACUUGCAAGAAAUUGUGGUGAAUUGUUUAUAUCUAUUGACAUGAGCUCCCUUUCGAUUUUUAUAUAUUUUAGAUUUUACGUUUCUGAGUUACAGGGUUUUGUUCAUAAAAAAAGGGGGAUUUUCCAGUUUUUGGACAAAAAAUCAAAAAUGCUUUCAGCAGUUUGUAUGAAACUUUGGUGAAUUGUUUAUAUCUAUUGAUGUAAGCUCCGUUUAGAAUUUUAUAAAUUUUACAUUUUACAUUUCUGAGUUAUGGGGAUUUAUUCAUUAAAUAAGGGGGGAUUUUCCAGUUUUCGGACAAUAACUCAAAAAUGCUGUCAGCAAUUCUCAUGAAACUUUAGUGAAUUGUUUAUAUCUAUUGAUGUAAGCUCCCUUUACAUUUUCAUAAAUUUCUAAUAUGACUGAGAAUUAAUUGAACUUUAUUUGUUUAUAGUCUUGACAACAGAUAUACUAAGUAUUGCGCAACAGCACAGUGUAUUGCACAACAGCAAGAAAUCUUUAAUUGAAUAUAAAUUCAAUUCAUAUAAACAAUUUCAAGUUCUUUGACGACAUUUAUUCAGAAACCUAUAAUAUGUCAAAUAUUUAAUACAAUCCAAAUUCAGAUCUGUAUCAAGCUUGAAUAUUGUGUCCAUUUUUGCCAACUGUUCAGGGUUGGACCUCUGCAGGCGUAUCCAGCUGCGCUCAGCGAAGCAGUUUAUUUAAUCGGGCCAAACAUUUACAAAUUUCACAUAGGAAUAGUUGCGAUAUUACUGUUAACACAAAACAACUUCAUUUUGGUAGAUCACAUUAAAAAUGACAAAGUAUUGACUCCUGAAGUACGCACUAUUUGUGUUAUAACGUCAGUUUUGGUCAAAUUUUCAAUAAUUCUUAACAGUUUUUUGCAUAAUUUACUUUGGCCGCCACCCACGAUCCAGAAAGAGUUUGUGCUUAGGGAUUCAAUAUCAUCAUUGGCAACUUUUGAUUACUGAACAUUUUGGAUCCUGAGGUUGCGGCCAAGGAAUUCCUCAAGCUUAGGUUCGAAAAAUGCACAAAAUCAUCGUAUUUUGACAAUAUAUCCAAAAUGUGCUGAUUCUGAAGCCAAGAAUGAACUCUUAUGAAGAGUUUUAUUUUAAGAAAGAAGUAAGGUUUUGAAAAAAGAUCUAUUUAAGAACCAAAUUAUAGCUAUUUUGAAAUUUUAUGAUAAAGUUGAAAUUCAAGGCAAUAUUUGGCCUAAAGUGAACCUUGUCCUUUGAAAUUAGAGAAAUGAAAAAUGGGACCAGAGGUUAUAAUUUAAAACAUCACCCCUAGAAAAAAUUAAAUUCUUACUCUUGACAGUGAAGGUAAAUUUGUUUAUUCCUUGAUAAGAAUUGUAACAAUGUAACAUAUGAUAAAACAUGAAACUUUUGAAAUGUUGAGUUGACCAUUAUUUUACAGCAUAAAGCUAUUUGACUUUGACAAUCACUUACAAGCUUUUUUUGUUUAUGCACACCAGUUUUUGUUAUGUUGUUCAGGUACAUGAAUGAUGUGACAUUAUGAGUUUUGUCAGCAAAUCAUUUAUCAGUAUUUCUAGCAACAUAUCAAAAAAUGAAAAGUAACUUGUGUUAAUUAUAAAUGUGAAUUAAUAGUCAAAUCUAUUUUAAUUGUUGUCAAAAGUGUUAUAUAUAUUUUUUGAAUGUACCAUUUGAGUUGGAAGUCAUUAAGACAAAGUUUAAUGGAUUCUGUCAAUGCAACAGUCUGAUCAAAAUCAUAUCCUUUACUUUGCUCUGUAAGAUUUGUUUAUCCCUUCAUGUAAGAUCUGAAAACAUUCCGUAAUUGGUCAUGCUCAGAUGAAAUUGUUUGCAUAUUUUCUUAAAACCAAUCAAGCAAAGUGACAUGAUUACUAAUGAUGUACAAUAUAGAAAAUGAACAAAACAAUGAAACUGCAUUGUUAAGUUGAGGAACAUUAACAAUCAGGUCAGUGCAUGAAAUCAGAAAGACGACAGGAAAUUAAAUGGUAUGAACACAGAAUUUCCCUACUAUAUUCAGAAAUAUUUCACAGUUUACCUAUCAAUAUGUUUGAUAGUCCACAGUAAAAAAUACUGCAAAUUAUGAAGGGAAAGUUUUUAUUGGAUGCUUAAAGAUCACUGAACAUGACCUCUAAUGGGAUGUUUUUAGAUCUUACAUGGAGCAACUAACAAAUCUAACAGAGCAAAUUGAAAGGUCUGAUUUUAAUCGGAUCAUCAGUGCUACUUCAUACAAUUGAAUAUGAUAUUUCUCCAAUGAAAUGAUUCUUUUAAUUAUUGAAUUUUGAUAUAUGAAAAAUAUUCUGUCAGUAAUGGAGACUACUGAUCUGUUUCUAUUUUGACCUCUACUUGUUGUAUAGUUAUUGUGGUGAUUUUUCAGGAUAUUUACAAAAAUCUUUGUUUUUUUGUGUGUUUGUAAUGCCAGCUUAACUGGUCACAAUUGCUAUCACUAAGUCAAAACUGGAGAAGAGCAAAGAACUUUGAUGUCCUUAUAGAUUUUUAACCAUAAAUAUCACUGAAAGAGCAAACCACAGGUUAUAAGAUAUAAAACCUUUAAAAAUAUGUAUAAAUUGAUAAAUAUUUUAAAGAAAUCAAUUUUAACACUGUCCUUCUAAGUCAAGGGUUUAAGUCAUUCUUAGUGAUUGCUUAAUGCAUAGAUUAUGAGAUGUUUAAAUGUUUUUAAUGUCCUGUAAUUUUAUAGGUUAAACAUUUUGUAUUCACUUAUAGUCAUUUAAUGUUGAUAUUUUACUAAUGAAAUUGUCUAUAACUAUAAAAAGAAGCCUUUAGAAUUUGAAAAAUAGGAGUACCUACUGUACCCUAUGAAAGUUUACCAUUUCUCUUAGAUCUUUCAUUCAGUACAAUUAUUAUUGGUAGGGAACAAAUUUUAAAGUGCCUUUUACGAACCUUAAAUUUCUCUUCAGGUACUGCAUAUUUAAAUUAAAAGAGAAAAUCUUAAUAAACUUAUGCAUUCUGAUACAAAAGUUCAUCUGAAACAUGGCUGUCUUAAGUAAGGAAUCUAGCAAUGAUUACUUUUGUUCUUGCUUUUGUGUUUAAGGACUAUGAUCCUGUUCCAAAAUGUAAGAGGGGAGAUAAUCAAACUUAAUUACUUCAAUCUGUCCGUCUUUCUGUCCAUGCUCCUUGUAAGUGCAACUCCUUCUUAAUGGCUUCACAGAUACAAGCCCUUGAAGUUUUGCAUAAAGGGAAAUAAUUCUAGUCAAACAGCUUGAUUGGGAGUUAAGCGUAAUAUAUAGAAAGAACAAAUGUAUUAUUAAAACCAUAUUUAAUAGAUCAUUGUUAUUUGUAGAUUGUUUUUGUUAGAAUAGAUUAUGAAAACUUAUAUUGUAUGUUUAGGCCUUUUUCUCAUUAAAUUAAAAGCAUGUCUUCUACAAGGAAAAUGCUAUAUACACACUAAACUUUGAAUGAACAUUAACUUUUUUUGGGGGGGGGGAAAUGUAUUUACAUCAAGGAAGUACUAAAAAUACGUUUGCCAUAAUUAGCAUGAAAAUGUCUAUUGAACUGCAUGACAAAUGACUUUUAAAAUGUGAUGGCCAAUUGAUUUUCAUUAAAAGAAUCAUAUUUACUUUA